CUCUCCCAGCAGUUCCAAGAGCUCAGGGUAAGCCUCAGUCAGAGGUUGGUAUCAGAGACAGGAAGACAGAAUGCAGCAGGUUGUCAUACUCACGCUCCUCUUUGGCCUCGUUUGCCUCCUCCAUGGAGUGCCCUUGCUUCCCGAACCUCUCUUCCCCACACAGGAGAACUUCGACCUGACUAAGUUCAUGGGGAAGUGGCAUGAUAUUGCGGUAGCGUCCACCUGGCCCUGGAUGCAGCGCCACAAGGGAGAUGCAGCCAUCGGAAUCCUGGAGCUGCAGGCAAGCGGCACCGAAGACAAAGUCAGCAUGACAAGGAGCAUGAAUAAGCACGGGACAUGUCAGCAGAUCUCUGGUGAUUACAAGCUGACUGACACACCUGGAAGAUUCACCUACCACAUCGCCAAGUGGGGGGCUGAUGUUGAUGCCUAUGUGGUUGACACUAACUAUGAUGAGUACGCCAUCGUCAUGUUCAGUAAACAAAAAACAGAAGGCGAGAAGACAAAGUCUGCCAAGCUAUACAGUCGCACCAUGGAACUGUCACCCACUAUCCUGGAGGACUUCAGGAGGCUGGUAAAGGAGCAGGGCAUGGCUGACAACGCAAUCUUCAUCAAACAGAACAACGGGGAGUGUGUACCAGGAACAGAGCCUGUAGCAUCAGAGCCUCAGCCUGAGAUCACAGCACCGAGAGCCAAGAGGAACAUAGUCCUCCCUGAGUUGCCCGCUGAGGAGGGUUCUGGUGCCGGAAUCGUGAUGUUCAGGAGUGAAGAGUCCUGUAACGCCGAACCGGACGCAGGUCCCUGUUUCGGGAUGGUGCAGAGGUACUUCUACAACUCUACCAGUAUGGCCUGUCAGCUGUUCACCUACGGAGGCUGCAUGGGCAACCAGAACAACUUUGUGACGGAGAGGGAGUGUCUCCAGAGCUGUCGCAAUGAGGCUGCCUGUAGACUGCCCAUGGAUUCUCGGCCCUGCACUGGACAGCCCAAGAUCUGGGUCUUCCACUCAAACUCUGGUCUCUGUCUGGAUAAUAAAAAGGACUAUUGCCAGGUCAACAGUAACAAGUUCUACUCAAAGAGUGAGUGUGAGGAGUACUGUGGGGUGAUGAAGGAUCCAGGAGAAGGGGAGUUCCUCAAAACAAACUAAAGGAGAUGAGAACACAGAACGUACAGCACAGAUCAACCAAAGAUCAACCACAGAACGUACAGCACAGAUCAACCACAGAACGUACAGCACAGAUCAACCACAGAACGUACAGCACAGAUCAACCACAGAACAUACAGCACAGAUCAACCACAGAACGUACAGCACAGAUCAACCACAGAACGUACAGCACAGAUCAACCACAGAACGUACAGCACAGAUCAACCACAGAACGUACAGCACAGAUCAACCAAAGAUCAACCACAUAACUUACAGCACAGAUCAACCACAGAACGUACAGCACAGCUCAACCACAGAACAUACAGCACAGAUCAACCACAGAACGUACAGCACAGGUCAACCACAGAACAUACAGCACAGAUCAACCACAGAAUGUACAGCACAGAUCAACCACAGAACAUACAGCACAGAUCAACCACAGAACGUACAGCACAGAUCAACCACAGAACAUACAGCACAGAUCAACCACAGAACGUACAGCACAGAUCAACCACAGAACGUACAGCACAGAUCAACCACAGAACGUACAGCACAGAUCAACCACAGAACGUACAGCACAGAUCAACCACAGAACAUACAGCACAGAUCAACCACAGAACGUACAGCACAGAUCAACCACAGAACAUACAGCACAGAUCAACCACAGAACGUACAGCACAGAUCAACCACAGAACGUACAGCACAGAUCAACCACAGAACGUACAGCACAGAUCAACCACAGAACGUACAGCACAGAUCAACCACAGAACGUACAGCACAGAUCAACCACAGAACAUACAGCACAGAUCAACCACAGAACGUACAGCACAGAUCAACCACAGAACAUACAGCACAGAUCAACCACAGAACGUACAGCACAGAUCAACCACAGAACGUACAGCACAGAUCAACCACAGAACGUACAGCACAGAUCAACCACAGAACGUACAGCACAGAUCAACCACAGAACGUACAGCACAGAUCAACCACAGAACGUACAGCACAGAUCAACCACAGAACAUACAGCACAGAUCAACCACAGAACGUACAGCACAGAUCAGAUCAAUAUGUUGAUCAACAGUAACACACUAUGGAUAUCAUACAUUACCAUAGAGCACAAUAAAAUGAUGGAUGAACCUG